GGCCAACAAACAGAUAAGAUAGGGAUAAUAUUAAUAUAACAGAGAGGAGAAAGAAAAGAAAUGGAAAAGCAAAGAGAUAGUAAUAAGGGAUGUAUAGAUGAGAGAAAACUAGAAGGAUUGCCAGUGGAUACAAGUCCAUAUACACAGUAUAAGGAUUUGGAGGAUUACAAGCAACAGGGUUAUGGAACACAAGGCCAUCAACAGCCCAAUCCUGGGCGUGGUGCUGCCAGUUCCACCGACGCCCCAACCCUCGCAGGUGGUGGAUCUGCUGAAGCUCAGCUUUCUGCUACUGACAACAUCAAUCGCCAGGGUGUUCCUUAAUUAAUUUCGUUAAUUUUUAGUCGCAUUUACAACAGUUAUUCCUUUUUUUUACUUGGGUAAAAUACGUAUAUGUAGAAUAAUAACAAUAAGAACGUUCUGAAUUAGUGAUUCUAGAUCUUAGAUUCGUCCCUGUUUGGUGUUGUUUGUAUGUUCCUUCCGUCGGCUUGUAACUUAAUAAAUAUAUUUUUCUAAAAAUAAGUACUACUCAAUUAGCAAGCAAUGCUGUAAUUAGAUGAUCGAAUAAACUUCAAGUUAUUUCCCA